ACAUAAAAUACCGAAUAAGGAUUAUCCAUACAUCGAUUUUAUUGGACACGAUUGUGUUUGAGGGACCUCUGUCUUCCAUUAUUGGUAAUCAAUAUGAAUGGAGAGAAAAUGAUGGAAACCUAGUUGCCAAUGCUAUUCUUAGGGUUAGUUACUAUAUUAGAUGCCCAAACUGACAGUAGAAUUUAUGGUUGUUGAGCACCCUGCUUCUGCUCUACAGGUUUCGUGGGUUUUGGAGAAUUCGCUGCUAGUUGCAGCUUGAAAUCUUUUGCUCUGCAGGUUUCGUCGGUUUGAACUUUGGUGUUAUUUACAGGGACAUAAGGGUUUUAAGGGCUCUGGGUAUAGUGUAAGUGUAACUCUUCUUCUUGACAUUAGCUUUCUAGGAGACUGGAUAGCCUCUAUAGUGUUGCUAGCAAAUUUAGAGGGGAAGUUUAUUUUGGGGAUUGCAUUGAAUAAGAUAAUUAUCUUAUGCCCUGUAUGUUCUUGUCAGUCUGCAGAAAGGUGGUUAAUGGUUGCUUGUAUGAGCUGAGAGUAAGUUCCAUCUAAUUUCAUUAUAAGAAGAGUUCAAUCUUUCUAGCAGCUAAUGUGAAUUGAAUAACUAUAGUGGGUAUCUAUUGUACAAUCCUUUCUAGUUACAGUAGGAUUCCAUCGCUCCACUGUGCUGGUGCUAUUAUAGCUAAAGUAAAAAUUAGUGGAAAGUUGUUGAUAGUGUUGUAAGAUGGACAUAAGCAAUUUGAAGGAAGGUGGGACGUGUGUGAGGAUUGUACCAGGGCCCAAUGGCAUAAGCUUUCAUGGUCCAGACCAAGAGACAUUUAUGGGAUCUGAGAUUAAUCGCAAAGCUACUGUGAGAGAUGUCUCAUUUUCUUCAUUUCUUGAGGCCAGUAAUCCUGGGCAAGAACUUGGUAGCCCAUUAGAGGGUCAGGGGUCCAUUGAAGGUGGAGGGGAGACUGCCAGGCCUGAGUUUGUAAAUGUUCCAAAGAAGCAAAAUUCCUACAGUAAGAGACUGCCGGAGCUUGGGAGAAUGAUUAAGGACUCAGAGAUCAGCAUCUUUGAAGCAGAAAAAUAUUUCAGUGCUUCAGAGGAGAACAAAAUGGAUGCAAAUCAUGGAUCCGAAGCCAAAAUGCAGGCAAAUAAGAAAAAGGUACUGUCUCCUAGUCCUGAUUUAUAUGAUACCCAUCAUCCAAUUCCUUCGCCUGCAUCCUCCAUUGUUGCAUCCAAUCGCAGUUUCAGGCCAGGGGGUGCUACUCCCUCGGCGUCUUCAGAAGUUAGCUGGAAUAGCCAAGCUGGACUGCUUUCAAUGGCAGCUGGUAAUUCAGCUCGUAACUUGGCAGUAAAUAACGGGAAAAGAACGUCAGGAAAGUGGGUAUUUGGGUGCAGUUGUCCUUGCUCGAAUAAAAGAUCUGUCGACAUCGAUGACACUCUGACAGAAAGCAGGCGGGCUCCAUCAGUGUCGAAUUCCAUGACUUCAAAUACUUUAAUGAACAGUUCUCUUAGCUCAAUCCAGUACAGUUAUCCAGGCCUCGGAAAAAGGGUUCUGAGCAGGUCCAUUGAAUCACAGAGAGCUGGGGGCUUUGUCGACACUGCCUCAGAGAUCAGUGAUAUCAACAGCAGCAUCAAUGGAGGAACAGCAGGUAUGAAAACAUUUCUAAAUUCUGUUGGUAAUAUUCAACACCCCAGUUUAUCCAAAGAUAGGGAGCCAAUUCAGGCCUUGAGGAGAAAUACUAAUGGGCCAGAAGAAUUCAGAACCAAUUCCUUAGAAAAAGAAAAUGGGUUUUCCUUUUCAGUGCUGCCUGUGAAAUCUGAAGAUAAGCCAAGGCUAUCAUUGGAAGUAUUUCAUUCUCCCUUUGCCAGUGCUCAAGAUUUACAGAGACCCACCUCAAAUUUACACAGGCAUUUGAUACUGCCUUCUUCAGACAAGCCCAGCAAGAGUUUUAUCUUGGAUUCAAACUCUGAAACAUCCAAGUUUGGAGGGAAUGAUAAUGGGGAUGUGGAGCAAGACAGGGAGAGCGAUUCGAGCGCGGAUCUUUUCGAACUACAGAGCUUCACCACGCAAGCGACCUCAUGCUAUCCAUUGAGGAGGACAGAUUCCAUGGAUGACAACUCCAGUAUCCAAUCCAGCUAUCCAGAGGGGCUGGGCUACCGAAACCCAUAUCAUUUUGGAGACACUGUGACGCCCUCUGCGAGAAGUUCAUGUUGUGAACCAAGCGAUGCAUCGGUGGACUGGAGUAUAACCAGCGGAGAUACCAUGGACAAGGCCAGUCUAGGGAAUUUCUCUUUGGAUUAUGAGGAGAUCAAGGCUAUGAAAAAAAAGCAUGCUUCAGUGCAAAACUCCAGUCUUUCACGGCAAAGGAGAUCAAGUGCAGGUAGCUUUAUGGGCUGUGCAAAUGUCAAGGCAGUGAGUGUGGCUGUACCUACUGAGUAUUCACACACAGCCAGAUCAAAUGGCUAUCAAAACAGAGGGAGUUUCGCAGGUGAAAGCUUCCGAAUUCCAAGAGAAAAGAGAGUCACAGACAUGAAAGCUUCUUCUUUACCCAAAUCUACACAUUCUAAUCUCGUCAUUUCAGGAAAGAGAUCCAUUUCUCGAACUAAACAUUAGAUAAUUGCAGGCUCAUAACAAUCUUCAUGAAGUGAUUUAUGGCUUCCUUGAAUUUUUAUUUCCUUAGCAGGACCAUUUUGGGCUUAGUUUUAAUCAAGCAGCUGAGAUCCAUUGCUGUUGGUCCAGUGAAAUCACUUCAUUUAAAAGGGUUGAUGUCCAAAAUUCCAGAGUUGAUUUUCUUUGUGAAAGAAUAAUGCCCAUUUUAUGGUGUAUCUAGUUUGUAUGUAUUGUUUAGCUAUUUAACAGACUAAAUAUGUUGUAAGGUGUAGUCAGCUAUCAGUAUGCAUGUAAAUUGUAUUCAAUUAUAGUUCACUUUACCAUUA